UACGUCGACUACUACUGCUACUAAUUCUUCAAAUCCCAAAUUUAUCCUGGUUUCUCCUGGAAGGAGCGAGGGCAGGGGGGCGAGAGAGACAGAGAAUUGAGAAGUCGAAGGAGGAGGAGGAAAGAAGAAGAUGGUGUCGGGAUCAGGCGUCUGUAAGCGGGUUGUCGUGGUGGACGCGAGGCACCACAUGCUUGGGAGGCUGGCGUCUAUCCUGGCGAAGGAGCUCCUGAAUGGACAGAGGAUCGUCGUGGUGCGGUGCGAGGAGAUCUGCCUCUCCGGGGGGCUUGUUCGCCAGAAGAUGAAGUACCUCAGGUUCCUGCGCAAGCGGAUGAACACCAAGCCCUCCCACGGCCCCAUCCACUUCCGCGCCCCCGCCAAGAUUCUCUGGCGCACCAUCCGCGGCAUGAUCCCCCACAAAACCAAGCGUGGCGCUGCCGCUCUGGCGCGGUUGAAAGCGUACGAAGGGAUUCCGCCACCGUAUGACAAGAAGAAGAGGAUGGUCAUCCCUGAUGCCCUCAAGGUUUUGAGGCUUCAGACUGGGCAUAGGUACUGCUUGCUAGGUCGUCUGUCAUCGGAAGUUGGGUGGAGCCAGUAUGAUACCAUCAAGGAACUGGAGGCAAAGAGAAAGGCCAGAUCCCAAGUCAUGCAUGAGCAGCGGAAGCAAUUGAGAAAACUGAGGUCCAAGGCUGAAGUGGCAGCAGACCAUCAACUUGGGGCCCAACUUGAUGUUCUUGCACCGAUAAAGUAUUGAUUUUACCGGAGUGUCAAUUUUGCGUAGAGCAUCAAAGAAAGUCAACGUUCUUCUUGGUUUGUUGCUGCUGUGGGUUGAGAUGGAGUUUACAAUUAUUUUGUUUGUGUGUUGUCUUUGAAUUAGAUCCUUGGUACACUCCGAAAUUUACCAUUUAGAACAUCUUGAGUUAGAGCUCACGUGGAUGAGGCGGUUUUACAUUUUUAUAACUUAUAAAUAGUGCGUUAUUCAGAUAUGCUCUUACUUGAA